CACUUGUCCUCAUUUCAUUUUACAUGUCUUUAGUUCAUUGACAAUGAGGAUUUACAUUCUCUUGCUUUUUCUUGUGCUAAAUAUUAAGCACUAGCUUCCAUUUGUCAAAAUUUUGGUUCUCAGACUUCUCACAACAGCCAGUGCCAGCAGCAAACACUGAUCCUUCCUCUUUCUACGUGUUGCAAAGGGUGCUGUAGUGCCACCAAAUUCAAGCUGAGACACUCUCCAGAGCCAGUCUUUGGUUUGGCUGUUCUAGGCUACUGCAGAAACAUGGCAGCACAACAUGGCAGCCUCUGUUAGAAGAAGACUCAUGACCUAUGCAGAUACGAAGGGCUCAUUCCAAGCUAACAAAGCACAACUAUUCAGAAUUAAGGUCAUUAUACACCAAAGAUAACAUGGUUUUGUAAACUGUAUUCCAUUUCUGCUAAAAGAUCCCCCUAAAUCCUACACACUGCACCUUAAAUCACAGUUUCCAUGAUUGAGCUCAGUUCAGUUUAUUCAUCACUGGCAGUUUACAGUGCAUGACAGUAGCUUAUCUAGCCAAUCUCUCUUUCCCUUAAAUUAUUUCCUUCAGAAACCAAGGUAACCAAAAUAAUCACUGGAAAAUUAUCUUAAAGGCACGGUUCAAUGAACAAUCUGCUUUACACUAGAUGUAGUCAAUCACCAAGAUAUGUCCAAAUUUUGCGUCUUUAAUUCCGAACUGGAGCAGUGAGGCUAACAUUGCUAACGAACACUAGAACACAAUAGUCACCCAAAUAGAUCAAAUAAUUUCUGUAAAACUGGCUGUUGGUCAUGUAUAUACAUGCAUACACAUACGCAGCAAGCAGGAAACAAAUAGUGACUGUUGUAACAAAACACUGUGUGUCUGAAGUGAUAAUUUUAUAAGAAGGAAAAGAAUGCUAUUAACUUAAAUGUACAAUAUCCUUCAGCAUAAUGAUGCCUUCACAGAUGUGCACCAUUGCACCCCCAUACCAUCACGGAUGCUGGCUUUUGAACCCUCUCUUCUUUAGUCCAGAGGACACAGUGUACAUGAUUUCCAAAAAUAAUUAAAAUUUUUGAUUCGGCAGAUCACAGGAUACUUUUCCCCUUCAGCUCAGUCCAUCUUAAAUGAGAUUGGGCCCAAAGAAGGUGGCAGCGUUUCUGGAUCCUGUUUAUAUAUGGUUUGCUCAUUGAAUGGUAGAGUUUUAGCUUGUAUUUGGGGAUGCAGUGAUGAACUCUUUUCCCAGACAGACAGUUUCCUGCAGGCUAUGGAUAGAAACAUGUCUCGUUUCAUUUAAUUUCAGCUUUUGUGUUUUUUUUUUGUGUGUUUUUUUGUGUGUUUUUCUCUUGUCUUUAUAUCUACAUCAGUAGCUGCCUUCCUCAUCUUUUAGUAACUGUUGAAACUCCUCAAACUCAAUGUCACAGCUGAAUGGGGAUUAGGAGUUAUGACGCUGGUGCAGUUAUGAACCCUUGAUAGACCGAAUCAUUUGGCGCAGCCUGACUGUGCAUUAGAAGAGCUUACUCACUCGCUCAGUAAUCCUACUCAGAGACGAUGCCUGGAAUUUUCAUAUGUAUAUAUAUGAUGCAUGUUGUUAGCCCUCAGUGGGAUAGAGAAACUGUGCAUAGUAGGGCUUGACAUUUGGUAAGACCUUCUCCUGUUAUGGGCAACAAGCAUUCAACAGAUGAUGUGAUGUCAUGUGAUGGUACUAGUGUCCCUGAACAUUAUGAGUAAAACAGAUAGGGGCAAACAGCUUCAGGGGGAUUUGUUCAAGAAUUUGUCUUGGUCUGAACACACAGCGUUUAUGUUUGGUCUUAGUCUGGUCAUGUAAAAGUACAGCUGGGUGCUUAAUGUUAUAAUAUUAUGACAACACACAAAGUAUGCAGAUCAUGUGAAUGUCUUCAUUAAGUCAGUUCUGUCUCCUUUGAGAUUUGUGUGGAACGGGCUGUGUUGCCAUUGAUUUUUCAUGUUUUUAAAGGUCUUAUAGGCAGGGUUUAAUGUAACACUGAAGUGCUGACUCAUUGGCUGUCUUUAGUUGCUAUGGUAACUGCCCGCUUAGGAGGAUCCAGAGCGUGACAUGAGGUGUAGAAAGAAAGCACUCAUUGCGACAAGAUUCCCUGGAUCAGCUUUUUUUCCUUGCCUGAGGUGAAAGAUAAGUGACAAAAUGUGGCUUUGACCAGAAGAAAGAAUCAAGCUGACAUGACACAAGAUUGAGGUAUUCUCUAUUUGGAUGGUAACCAAAAGAAGAAGAAGCUACAGCAAGGAUGCAAUGACAGCAUUGCGUCAGCCCCAUUGAUUUGGCUGAAGGCUCAGCAGACGCUGUAUACAAAUCUUUGCACCUGGCUCCAAAAAUCCAGAUCAGUUUUGCUGACCAAGUAAAGCAAUACGUAGACUGCAUUAGCAUUUCAAUUGAUCUCCUGUUAAUUUUUAACUACCCCUGCCUGUUUGUAUUAGACAGGCCAUGGAUACAGGCACAAUACCACAGAUUAAUGUGGAGGAUAUCAGUGGCUUGGACUAUGACAACCUCGAGGUUGCUACAGAUGACCACUUGAGAACCUUAAAGGCCUUGGCUGAGAAACUGAGGCUAGAAACAAGGAGGCCCUCAUAUCUAGAGUGGAAAGCCCAAGUAGAGGCUCAGAGUGCCAAAGCACCAUCUGAACCAGCAGAAUGCUCUGAGCCAGGUCAGGCUGUGGGACAGGAGCAUGCAGACAGGCCCGAACGAAAUGGCCAAAACUCUGACUUGAUACAAGAGAGCGAUCUGACCUCAGGGAGUCUGAAAGGCUUUGGAAAUAUUGAUGAGGCUCUUAUCUGGCUCAGGAAAGAACUGAAGGAGAUGCGUCUGCAGGAUCAGCAGCUCGCCCGCCAGCUCAUGCGCCUGCGCGGUGACAUCAACAAACUGAAGAUCGAACAGACGUGUCACCUCCACCGGCGAAUGCUCAACGAUGCCACAUUUGGCCUAGAGGAGCAUGAUGAGCUCUCUGAUCUUCUCUGUGAUGGUCCAGUCACACCAGGGUUUGGUCUCUCUGCGCCACUCCGCCUGAUUGGUGUCACUAAGAUGAACAUCAACUCAAGGCGCUUCUCCCUCUGCUAGCCCAAAACCAUGUGGGUGUGAUUGUCUUGUCAUAUGUACAAUGAGAAAAAAAAAAAGAGGUUCUGAAAUUACUACCUAUAGAAAUAUUUUUGCAAUGUUUUAUAUGGAACAUUUAUUGUUACGAAUUAUGAAGUUCAGAGCAGCAUUCCUGCAGCAGAUUUUCUUUCAUGUGCCACCCGUUCCAUUCAUUUGUGCCCAAGAAUGGAACAUGUCGGACAACUCAUGAACUCAUGUCUGUAAAUAGUGCUGACACAUCAGCAUGUUUAUUUUUAUUAGACACAUUAAGCCUUAUUUUUGCUGCAGUAAUUCUGAUGCUACCAAAACAGUCAAAACAUGCUUCUUCAUUCACUUUGAUCAGUUCAUAAGCGACAGAUGGCAAUCCUACAAUAAAUACAGAUGGUACAAUGUGGUAAAUACAAACUGAAGAAUAAAUGCAUAAUGUUUGACUUCAUGUGUAAACAAAUUUACUAUACAUUUUGCAGUUUUAAAAAACUGACCCAAGUAGCAGAUGUAUGUGACCUGAAGUCCCUCAGCAAACCAAGGCCUUAGUAAUGUGGCAGGGAAAUAUUUAGCUUGCAUUCUAUUCUGUUGUAUUGUGUUUUGAAUGUUUAGGAUCAUAAUUGGACGUUUUGUAUCUGCUCUGAUGAAGGUUUGAUACUGAAAUCUUGGCAAUAUGUCAGUGUUGCUUUCCAUUCUAGCAUAUUUUGUACCCACAAUAAACUUUCUGUUACA